GAAACGUAUCCAAAGGAGUAAAUGGCUCGUGCUAGAUGUAUAAGAUUACGUAUUUAGCGGUAAGCCUGUUUAUUCCCCUCCAUGUAGACGGAGGCGCAGGCUUGAAAGCAGGCCUUAGCCUAAUGCAAACAUAUGACAUCAACGAAAAGGACCCGACGCCACGCUCAAUGACGUCUACUUGCCUAAAGGGGCAAUCUUCCCUGCACCUUUGUGCCACCAAAGCAAAACGCCAUGGUCACUUACAUCAAGAUUUAGAGAUUUCCCUCAAAGAUUUGCAUUAUCGCUGGUGUAUUUCGCUUAUUUCAAGACUUCUUCCAACUUUGCCAUCCAGUAACAAUAUAACGCAAAGUGCUACUCCCCGAAUCUAACUGAGUUAUAAAAAGCCCUUCACUCCCUCUUCAUUGUCAAAGUUAUCUCUUACUUCAACAUAAUAUCAACUCACAAUACUCUAUCAAAUCAUCCUACAUUAUCAAACUUACCAAGAUGUCUAACGAUAACACUUCCACUCUCAAGUCCGCCGUCGACUCUGUUACUGGUGCCGUCCAGAACGCAUUCGGCAGCGUAACUGGAAGCACGGCUGAUCAAACUCAAGGUCAAGCUAAGCAAAACAAGGCCGAUGCCGAGUAUGAUGCAUCGCACGCUACUAUUAAAGCUCCAGGCUUCACUGCUUCAUCAUCGGGCGCUGUCACAAAGGAUGACCCCGAUAGAACUGCCGGCUCUUACAACCAGACCGUAGGUUCCGCUAAGGAAUUCGUCGGCGGACUAACAGGCGUCGAGUCCCUAAAGGCAGCUGGACGUAAACAGAAUGAAGAAGGCCGGCAGCAAGAAGCCAAGGGCCAGGUUAACGACUACGUUAGCGGCGUCUCUGAUCGUGUCACCGGCACUGUAGGUGGAGCCUUCGCAAGUGUUACCGGCAACAAGGCCGCGAAACAGGAAUAUGAAAGGCAGCACGACGCUGGAAAGACGACCCAGCGAGGUGCCGAGGAAGAUAUAGUAAAGCAGGCAGACGCCGACUCUGCAGCCUCACGUAAGGCAUAAGUGCUUCAACUGAAACAUGUGGAGACGAGAACGAAGUUUUUUGGGAUGGUAGCAGAUGACAUUUAUGAUACCCAAUAUGGACUGCUAAAGUGUAAGCUAGAGUCCGGAAGGCUUAGGAAAUAGAAUUGUAUGGUAAGGUACCUAUAGAAAUACAGUACUUAUAUCCGAAAUGGAUCUUAUAAUCA